UCACCACUCUCUUUGACACCACCCUCGACCGAACGCCAAGAUGCCAGCCGUAAUACCGCCUCUCGAUGAGCAGGAAUACAACGACCCGCAGAUGCCACUGGCGCAUCUCGACAGCGACAACAAUGCCAUCUUCUAUCUCAUGAACUCGCCCUUCUUCGAUGGAGCAAGCAAUAACAGCGCCGUAUAUUCGACAGCACAGGGCCACCCUAAUGGCAUGCAACUGCUCAACGACCGCCCAACAUACGAGGCAGAGCUCCGGAAAUACAAUGCUGGACUACAGUUCAUCGUGGCAGGCGAACCUAAGGCCGAGGGACAGCCAUGGCUCAUACAACGCCAGCGCAAGGCCCUGAACAGAGAUGGAAACCCGGAGACUGUGAACGAGGGCAACUUCUACACGCAAGGAACACGACUCCUCAUGGCUCCCAGCAUCCUCGACGUCGUCCAAGCGCGCCUCCUCACUGUAUCAACACGCAUGCAGCAAAUGGCCGAGCUCUCCAAAACCAUGUCGCACUGGUCCCCAGCAACGGGCCACACCUACCUCCCGCCGUCCUACGACCCUCCUAAGCCCGAAACAACUGCCAGUCGCAUCGGCAGCCCGACCCUCGCCGCCACCGACCCCGACGCUGGCCCUGCCAAAGACGCACCCGCCCCCAUCGACCCCACCGCCUCCACCACCGACUUCGACGACGCCUUCUUCCUGCACUCGCUGCACCUGACUCACGCAUACGGCGACGAGUACAUGGACGAAAACCCUCUGCUCGGCGAACCGGGCGCCUUCGUCUUCACCAACUCGCGCAGCCACAUCGACGCGCGCAACAAGGCAGCCGAGCAAGCAAGCCAGACCUCGCUGGCAGCUGUGAAAUCCGAGGCGCAGACCGCGAGCGUGGGGCCCUCGGUUGCGGCUACGCCCAAGGGCGCGGCGACUCCCAAGGGCGUGGCGACGCCGAGGGGGGUUGCGACGCCGAUGGCGCUCGAUGCGCCGAGUCGGAAGGGCAGUGUGGCGGGCUUGCCGAAGGAGGAGAGACGCAAGAGGAGGAAGAGCAGGGGGUUGGCGAGUCCGACGACGCCGGCAGCGCCGGUGUUGUGAGGGUGCGUUUGUGGACUGUUUGCGUUUGCUGUGAUACCCAAU